AUGGAAGAUAUCCAUGAGUCAAGCCUCGACGAAAGAGUGAUUGAGCUGUCCAAUUCGCCUUCUAAAGAUUCUCAGAAUGAAUCACUCCCAGAACAAGUUGAACAAUUAAAUUACGUUAAAGAGCUCUUCGACAAAAAUGCAAGGUCACCGGUAAACGUUAGUGCAGUCUUGGUGAGUGAUUGCCAUUCAGUUCGUCCUGAAGUGUUGCAGAAAUACAUGGAUGCCACUAUCCUACAGGCCGCCAAUUUUAAACAGCUUUAUGAACAGGCAGACACUUUGAAUUUGAAGUUGAUUCAGCAUGGUUUGGCUGAAAAUGUUUCACAGUCGCUAGAUAGUCGAGGAUCGCUAAGGUUGCCGAUGAUUAAUCGCCAUUAUCCUAGUCUCAUCUACAGAUCGCAGGACAUUCCAACCGAUAUGUCAAUAAUUGAUAUCAUCUCACGAGUAAAUAUAGUUCCGAUCAAGAGAUUUACUGCCAAGACAGGGACUAAUAUAGGAAAUGGUGAAGGUGAUGGAUAUCUUCAAUUCCAGCUUCGCAAUAUGUUUGGUGGAGGUGAACAAUUGAAGCUGGAUAUCACAAAAGGUACAAAAACACACUCUUCGUAUCUUCUUGAUUAUGGACAGCCAGUAACACCAUGGUGGAUGCUCAACUCACUGCUUAUUAAGAACUCGAGGCAAGUGGGAAAUAAUAAUUCUAUUGACCUGUUAAUACGAGGAUUUCGCACAAAUCUGAGAAGCAAUUUCCAAGAGAAAGGUGCAAUGAACCACGAGUUAUUUUAUGAAGCAGAAUGGAGAACUUCCAAAGUAUCUUCAUUAACUGCCUCGGAUACAUUACUUUUCCAAGCAGGCGACGACAUUAAAUGUUCCUUGGGACACACUUUAGCUAUAGAUAAUAGAGACAAUCCUAUUGCUCCAUCAAGAGGAAGCUUGCUUAAAUUGACGAACGAGUUGGCGAUUGGGCAAUUUUGGAAAGGUCAAAUAGAAGUAUCACAGAAUAACAGUUGGCUCAAAGAUGACUUUCUUGGCUCCUGCUGUACAUUGAGAUCCGGUUAUAUUCAGAAUCUCAGCUCAUCAAGAAAACCGAUUAAUACUUUUGACAAAUUUCACAAUGGUGGAGCAAACGACAUUAGAAGUUUCCAUAUUAUGGGGCUAGGGCCAAAGGACCUUUACGACUCUAUCGGAGGAGAUGCAUUCGUCGCAUAUGGUGUCAGUUUCUUCAGUCGUCUUCCGAUUAAAAGAUGGUCCCAUUCAAAUUUCCGUCUUCAUUGGUUUUUCAAUGGAGGGAAGCUUAUCAAUCACAACAAUGCUCCAUUCACCAAUAUCCUAGAACAACUAGCCUCUGAGCAUUCGACGUCCGUAGGGUUUGGUAUAUUACUAAGACACCAAGUCGCGCGGUUUGAAUUGAAUUUCACCCUCCCAUUAACGUGUCACAGUGGAGAUGCCCUAAGGAAGGGAUUCCAGUAUGGUAUCGGAAUCUCUUUUUUGUAG